GAGCAACUGUCCCAUGGCCCUGGGCGCCCUCUCGGAAAGUUACAUAAAGCAAUGGCUCUAGAAGAUUAUGGCUCCUUUAGGCGUGCUGGAGCGCAGCACAACUUCAAGAGCUGCCUUUAAAAACUCGCCAUUGGUAGCAUGCAACUCCUCAACAGACAGCGUCUUUCUUUGGAAGCGCCAUGGGUGGAUGCGUUCCAGCCCCCAUUGGCAUGUGUGCUUAGCUCCGCGGAAGCGCGCCCAAUGUGUUUUGGGAGCUGAGAAGCAAGCUUCGUCCUUCGCUCGCCCCAUUCGCCCCAAGAAGCCCACCGAGAUGGAUCCUCUCCGUGCGAAAGCUACUCCUGCGGGCAACUCGCAGACCGAAAGCGCCCCUUCGCAGCUUCCCCUGAAGCCCCUGGUUGUGGUGGGUUCAAUCAAUGCUGACAUCUAUGUCGAGGUUGACCGAUUGCCGAAGCCAGGGGAGACUUUGGCAGCCGGCAGCGGGUAUACUCUGCCUGGGGGGAAAGGAGCAAACCAAGCGGCGUGCGCAGCGAAGCUGGGGUAUCCGACUUACUUUGUGGGUCAGGUGGGUGAGGACGGCCAAGCGAUUAUGCUCCGCGACGAGCUCCAGCAGUGCGGCGUGCGGACCGACCACCUGCGGUCAGUUUCCGGGCCCUCCGGCCAGGCCAUCGUGAUGCUCCAACCGGGCGGCCAAAACUCGAUCAUCAUCGUGGGCGGGGCAAACACAGCGUGGCCGGAGCUUUCCCCCGGGCAGCGGUUGACGAGCGAAGCUAGGAGUUUGAUACGCGGAGCGGGCGCGGUGCUGCUGCAGCGGGAGGUGCCAGAGGAGAUCAACUUGGAGGCGGCCGCAGUGGCCGAGUCCGCGGGCGUGACGGUGGUCCUCGAUUGCGGGGGCGCGGACGGCCCCGUGUCCGAAGCGCUUCUCCAAAAGGUGUCCGUCAUCAGUCCGAACGAGACGGAGCUCGCGCGCCUCACGGGACGGCCGACGGACACGCCGGAUGAGGUCAAUGGCGCGGCGGGUCUUCUGAAACGACAACAGCACUUAUCCGUGCUCGUCAAGCUGGGCGAACAAGGCUCCCUUCUGUUCCCCGCUGUCGGAGAGCCCCUCCGGCAACCGGCCGUUCCCGCUCCGUCAGUUGUCGACACCACGGGGGCCGGAGACACUUUCACGGCGGCGUAUGCCGUUGCCACGUUGGAGGGGAGGUCGUCCAAAGACGCCCUCGCGUUUGCGGCUCUCUGCGCCUCUCUGUGCGUCCGCUCCAAAGGGGCGAUGCCCAGCAUGCCAGACCGGGCCACCGUCGAUAAGGAGCUCAAAGCAACUCAAGCCGUUGCUUGAAAGCCCGGGAUGAAGUUGGUGCUGCAAGAAGAAUAUGAAAUAAACUCAGAAGCGCGCCGAAUUUACAAAAACUGGGGGCUUAGAUUUCGUGCUUACUUUCCUGUACGUGCGCACGCGUGAUAAGGCCGUUCAAAGGUGCUUAGCUCUUUUGCAAAAGUUGACUUCCGAAGACAGAAAAGUACCCGCGCAAAUUGCAGAUUUCGACGUUUCGACUCGGUUCCUGAAGCUUCGAGCCGGUCUUCUCACAUACACUUAACGAUUCGAACUUCGCAAGGUUGCUCGCUGCUUCACAUUCACACAUCCUCGCAUCAACGUCGCCCACUUGCUUUAGC